AUGGCCGGCGCGCGUCUGAUAGCUCCCGCUGCGCAGUUUGUCCGCGCUGCUAGCUCGGCAGCUCCUGUUUCCAAGUCGGCCGCUCUGCUCGCCGGCGCCAAGGCUGCCGCCCCCCUAUCGAGGAAAUAUGCAGACCUCCUCAAGGAGCGAAAUAUAGACCCGGACCACCCCCGCCAUCUCUACACCCGGUCGUCGAACCGCCCCCACCCUCCCCCUCGUACCAUGCGCCUGAUGCAGACCUUCACGACGAAUGCGCCCCGAGAGGCCCCCGCCGACGUCACCAUGGACAACGUUGUCUUCCCGGGCUCCGCCUCUCUCCGGAAUUCGUCCAAAGACGCCUUCGCGCAACGCAUCCCGCUGCUCCCCGACAACUUCACCGCCCAUUACGGCCCUGAGGUGGCCGGUGAACCCGCCACCUCCCCUCAGAUCAGCAUCGUUGCCGCGAAUCCCGAGCUCGUCCUGCCCGCCUCCAUCACCGAGGUAGAAGGAAUCGACGUCGACGGAGCCGAGUUCUCGGGCGAGGCGCAAGACGUCUUCUCGGAUCUUCGCAAGGGCCUGGACGGCGUGCUGAGUAGUAAGAAUAGUAAAGGCAACAUCUCUCUUUAG